GUACUCAUUCAGUGGACAUAACCUGUUGUCGUGGCAAUUAGGGCUUAGCCGGAACAUAAGAUUGGAACAAAGCCUUUCUGCCCAUCAGCAGGGCGCCAUGUCAUCUUCAAGAGUACAUGACCCACUGUUUCAUUUCGAAACACAUUUCCCGGAACGUCUUUCAAGGCUGCACUUGAAUCCUGAAUUCGGUCCUGUAUCUCCACACAGAAAAAACAAACGUUCGCGAGCCGCAAGGCAAGGCGUUCGAUACAAAACUCAACCAGUUACGUUUGACGAAAUAACUGAAGUUGACGAAGAAAUAACACCCAACACAGAACCUGAAAAUACAAUCGACCAACUGCAGGCUUUCUCACGGUCGAUGGAUGGGCUCCUUCCAAAACUCCCAGGGAAAAAGAAUAUCAACAACAAUAAUGAUGUCACCACUUCCGGUAAAGCAUAUGGCGCCCAAUCAACAGUUGCAACACAAACCGCGUCAAAUGAAAACCGUUUACAAGGGAAUGACAAUACAAUUUCAAACGAUAAAGAAGAUAAAGAAAACUGCCCCGAAUCAAAGUUGGACCCAUCAGGUCUUACAGCACUGCCACCUACAGGAUUACCAGCGGCCAAACACGAUGGCCGCCGGCAAAAAAUGACGGCGAAAGCAAAACGCCGCCAAAUGAUGGAAGCUGGUAAGGAUGGAACAAAAGAAUCGUGAACAACAAUAGUUAUCCAUGUUUCGAAUAAAUAAGAGAGUAUUUUCGUGUUGAUGUUACGCAAACAUAUGGCCUUGUUGAUAUCUAUGUCAAUUUGGAGGAUAUACAAUGUCGUGUUGUUUCAUAUGCACAUACUAGAUAUAUAUGCCAGCCUGGCUGUGUAUUCGAGUGACCGUUUCGCCAGUGCUAUCUGUUUGUAGGAACUUUAGUUGUUUUUUAACGGAAGUGAUGCCAAAGUAGAGAUUACACAACAGCCCGCACCCUAUCUAGUCACUGACGCCAUUAAAUCAGCCAUCUCAUACAAACUUGAUUUAUGAUCUACAGAAUGUUGUGUUACAGGAUGAUAGAUAUGCGACAGUCUAGGAUAUGACGCGUAUGUAAUCCAAUGUCCCUGGAGUGGACAGUAUAUUUGCUAACAAGCUUUCCGGCAAUAGUUCUAUUUUUUCUUCGAAAAGACCAAAUUUAUCAUAUACAACAGAACUCACGCCUUUCUCGUUUGAUAAUCUAUCUUCCUUCUCACUCGAUAAUCCAGUAAUAGUUUCUUCUGUUUCAAAACAAUCAUCUCCCUUCUUCUGAUUAUUCUGUCGGCGGCCUUCUUCCUCAAUAAAUUAUUACCAUCGCAACCAUCGUUCUCCGUAGAUAAUACUGUUAUAUAUAUUUCCUAGUAGAAGUGGACACCUGCUGUAAAGUAGCUACAUGUAAUCUUAUAAACCACUGUUCUAAGUAAGAUAUUUAAUCAAUUUAAUUUCAAGUAAAUAAAUCAGUCGUCCUUCUCAGUAGAUAUUACUUUCAUUUCCAGUAGAUAAUCAAGUCACCACCAUCGCCUCCAGUUGGUGAUUGAUUCAGUCUCAUUCUCAAUAAAUGGCCAGGUCACCAUCGGUCUCGGUCUAGUCGAUUGAAUUCCUAGUAGACCUUUUAAACACGCUCUUCUCGUUAGUCACUCGGGUCACUUUUUAUUCCCCUAAGAUGGCCAAGUUACUAUCGUUUUCAAAAGAUUCUUAAGUCAAUAUGAUUCCUAGUUAAAGAUCCAAUCACCCCUCGUUUUGAGUAAAUAUCACUAUCUAGCUUAUUAACACAAUUUGCUCCAUCAAACAAUCCAACACAAUCUGUUUACAAAAACGUCUAAUGGAAUGUGAAAAAAAUAUCUUGCCUGAAACGAAGGCUGUGGGCUGUGUGUGGAAUAUAUUCAUCCCCUCAAACUUGCGUGAUAACAAACGGAUUAAUUGUUUUUACAUUAGCGCUAUUUUGUUAUAGCAAAACCUCUUAUAGUUGCCAUAGAAAUUGUGAUUAUCUAUCUGCACUCUUUGCAUACGCAAUCUGGUAAUCAUAAAUUCUUCAAAAACCGAUUAAUGUCUCAAUAUAUCUUGCUACAAUUUUUUGAUUGUUUGCCACAAACCUUUUCUGGGGGAAACAAAGUUGAUCAUGAAUAUUACUUGAAAGAAAUUUACUUCCGGUGAUUCUCUAGAGUUUCAAAAUCUUAUAGGGAGGAUGUUCUCAAUUUAUAUUGGCGGCUUGAAUCAUGUAUGUUACUAAAUGUAGCCUAUACAAUAUAAUUGUGAAGGUUGACUUUAAAUAAUUAUUACAUAACUUAUACAGUUGUAUUAUAUCUAAAAGUUUUAAGUGAAACUUCAUUUGUGGGAUUUGUAAUCAUUUCCUGCAUUACUUUCAUAACAUAUUGCCAAAUUGUAAUGGAAUAUCCACAAAAAUAGAUAACACAAGAUUAUAUCUACAGUUUGAAGGUAAUGUUAGAGAUUGGAGAAUAGGGCACCCAUUUUCUCUUAUGUUGCCUUAGCACUAAUUAAUCCCUGAUGUAGUCUAUUCACGACUGUUUGUCUUAUCGACAAUAACGAGAAUAUGAUUCCUUUUAACAAAGGUCUUAGCGAUCCAAUGUUCGUUUGAUGCUUAUUGCUUCAAAGAUAAUUAUACAGUGCAGCGAUUUCAACAGUGCUGAAAGAAACAAGAUAAUGCUAACGUGUAAAUCUGAUUAAAAUAAAAUGAGGACAAUGUAUGACCUCGGUGUUCCGGAGAGUUAAGCCGAUUAUGCUUCAUCGACGACACACGCCGAAAACCAGAAAAUAAGAGAGAGUUUAUCAAAGUCACUAAGCAUAAUGAUCAACAUUGAAUACAUCGAACUUCCAAACCUACAGGGAAAGUAAAUUGUUAAUUGAGAUCGCAAUGUCGAUUAUAAAAUACGGAAAUAUAAAAAUGUACUUUAUCUGUCCUGGACCUUGUGUUAGAUAGUUGUCUGUAGUCGACAUCUGCCACCGAAAUCAGUGGAACAAGUUCUGGAACUCCCCGCCAUUUAUAACGUGUAGACAACGCAAUUUUGGAAAGCAAAGAAGUGGUCGUUAUCCACAAAGAUACAUCCGUAGUAUAAAGUUGAAAACUUAUAAUACCGCUAAGUAGUGAACUAUCCCUUAAUACGUGAAAGCUGCUGGUAUCGUAGAGUAUAUAGUAAUAUUUUACGCAAAAAAACGUGUCGGCCCAAAAUAUACCAUUUUCAAACACGUCUUGCAGGCCCACUUAAUGAUGGAACGUUCUACAACAUCCCAUCGUUGAAGUGACCACUCUGUUAACUCGCGCAACCUACAUAAGUAGUACCGCCCUCCAUUUUCCCACCAAACAAACCCGAAUUUCAUUUUGCUCUUAAAUAUACAAUGUAUCUCCUUUAUUUUAUCACACUCUAUAUGUUUGUCAGUUUAUGUGCGUAUACGUGUGAAUCAUACAGGGUUAUUUUGCUGAAUAACGUUUUUGUUUCCGUGUAUGAGCUUUACGAGAAUCAUACAUCACUAUAACUGAAGAGUCAAGAUAACCAUGCUUUGCUGAGGUGACGGGUUUACUUACAGAUGGCUUCACUUCCCUGUACAUUCUUGUAAAUAUAACUUCUUUUAUUAUACGUUUGGUAAUAAGAAAUUGUUUUCUAUCAGUUCUCAUUUUAGCUUUAGGUUAUAGCGUAACAAAUGUCAUUUUAAGUUGAACUUUUACGUUGAUAUAUCGAUAGAGUAUUUAUUGAAUACAAUAUAUUGUAUACAAUAUAGUAUUUAUUGUUUAGAGUAUUUUCGUUUCGUCUCUGGCUUGAAAAUUGUCUAUGAAUACUUAACUUAAAUAAAUGAAUAAUUGGGAAAUUUCAAA